UGUGUCUUCUCAGGACUCUCCAUCUAGAUUCCAGGUGAGGGUACGGAGGGCUCAAAGUGCCCAUAUAGCGGAGAGUGGGGCCUUUAAUUGUAACAAAAAAAGAGUAAGAUGUCAUGACUGUCAUGAUUGGACAAAUGAAGAUGAGGAUGAACAGUCCUGUGAGGAUGAACACAUUUAUCAUCGUAUGCAGCUGCCUUUGUCUCACUUUAACUGGAGCCUCGGAAACAGAGCGGAGGCUCCAUCAGAAGCUCUUUGAGAACUACAACAUGAAAGUCAGACCAGCUCGUUACUGGGAGGAGAAGGUGAUGGUUCGAGUGGGGAUGACGCUCUCUCAGCUUGUCAGCUUGAAUGAGAAGAAUGAAGAGAUGACAACCAAUGUGUUCAUGAAUCUGGCAUGGUCAGACUACAGGUUGUCAUGGAAUCCACAGGACUAUGACAACAUUGAUGUUUUGAGGAUUCCUCCCAACAAAGUGUGGCGUCCUGACGUCUAUCUCAUAAACAAUAAUGACGGUCAGUUUGACGUGGCUCUCUACGUCAACGUCUUGGUUUACAGUGAUGGGACAGUCAACUGGCUCCCCCCAGCCAUCUACCGCAGCUCCUGCUCUAUAGAGGUGUCGUACUUCCCGUUCGACUGGCAGAACUGCAGCAUGAUUUUCCGCUCGUACACCUACGAUGCCUCCGAGGUGGAACUGCAGUACUUCCUGGAUGAUGAUGGCCGAGAGAUCCAAGAGAUUGUUAUAGAUGAGAACGCUUUCACUGAAAAUGGAGAAUGGGCCAUCUGUCACAAACCGUCGAGAAAAAACAUUAAGGAGGACCUGUAUGAGGACAUCACCUUCUACCUCAUCAUACAGAGGAAGCCUCUUUUCUAUAUCAUCAACAUAAUCGUGCCCUGCAUCCUCACCAGCGUGUUGGCUAUAUUUGUCUUCUACCUGCCUCCUGGAGCAGGAGAGAAGAUGACUCUCUCCAUUUCUGUCCUCAUCGCUCUGACUGUCUUCAUGCUUCUGCUGGCUGACAAGGUCCCAGAGACUUCCCUGGGCAUCCCAAUUAUUGUCAACUACGUCCUGUUCACCAUGAUCCUGGUCACUUUCUCUGUCAUCCUAAGCGUAGUUGUCCUCAAUCUGCACCACCGAACACCCAGCACGCACAUCAUGCCAAACUGGGUUCGAAAGGUAUUCAUUCACUUCCUGCCCAAGUACAUCGGCAUGACAAGGCCAAACCCAGAGGAACCUCUGUUGAAGGAGGAGUCUAGUGAUGACACGCCCAUCCAAAGCUUCAAUGGCAGGCAGCCUGGAGGAGAGUACUUCUUUCGCAAGAUCAACCCUGAUCUCGUCAUACCCUGGAGAGGAAGGUGUGAGAGCACAGUGCAGCUCCAGCGGCUCCCGGACACUGACAGCUACUGUCUGAUCCUCCCUCCCAACCUGAAGUCAGCCAUCGCCUCCAUCACAUACAUGGCCGAGCAGCUGAAGAAGCAGGACACGGACGACACAAUGACAGGAGACUGGCAGUUCAUCGCCCUGGUGGUGGACCGUCUCUUCCUGUGGUUGUUUGUCAUCAUCACCACCCUCGGCACCCUGGCCAUGGUUCUUGGAUGCAGUUUCAAUAUAACUGCGACCCUUCCCAUUAAAGACAAACAACCACAACCAGACCUGGGUGGAAAAGCAGCCAAGAGGACAUCAGAUAAAUCAGGUUACCAGUGGCAACAGCACUGGACUUCCUCCUCCAUUGCCACUCAGGUGCUAAGCUGA